AUGAGGGCUCUACAUAUUAUUUUCGUUAUAAUGGCUUUUAAGGUCAUGGCUUCGAAUACAAAAAUACAAAAAAGUUUGUACGAGAAAAUACCACUUCAAUUAAGGAGUAAGUCCUCGCAAUACAAUUUUAUACUAAAAAAAUCUAUUUUGGAAUAUGUGCCUAUGAUUGCUUUCAACGCUUACAAUAUGUUGGAUGCUGAAGAACGAGAGAAAGUUGCGGUAGUCGCCAAGGAUUUCCAAAGUACAAAAGACGUAAACGGAUUUUUCCAAGAAGUGGUUGCGAUUUCUCCACAAUUUGCAAAGCAGAUCAUCUACUUGCAUCAUAUCAGAGGUCUUGCAAUUGCCUCUGAGAUAGAUGAGGAAAAGAAAGAGAAAACACGUCUAGCUGCUGAUACUGCAUUCAACUUAGGAGUUGCUUUUCUUAGUGGAGAUAAAGCUUAUCAAGAAGAAGCCGAAGCAGAAGCGGAUAAGUACAAGAUCUAA